GAUAUGAAUUUAUUUAGUAAAAAAAGCAAAAAAGGAACAACAACAACAACAAAUGAAUUAUUCAAAACUGGAGGAAUUCAAUUAUUCAAACUUCCGCUUGCACAAGCUGUUAAAAACAACCCCUCUUUUGAUGGAGUUCCUGUGCCUGCUUUAAUCAGAGAAUGUUUGGAUUAUAUUGCUUUUUACGGACUCGACUUGGAAGGCAUUUUUCGCGUAUCCUCACCCAAAUCAAGAUUGGAUGAACUCGAAUUGAUGGCUAAUAGUGAAAAAAGAGAUGAAAUAGUUUUUCAGGAUGCCCACGAAGCGGCAGGUUUACUUAAACGCUUCUUACACCAUUUACCAGAAAAUAUGGCUUCUCUCAACCAGCACAUUUUGACACAACAAUUGAAGCCUAGAUUUGAACAAAUUGCUAGUGAAUGUAAAUGUAAUUAUCAAAAUGUUUGUGCCUGUCAAUGCGCGUUACAGCUAAAGAAAUUAUUAUUACAACUGCCUACAGAAAAUUAUUAUCUUUUGGGUUAUAUAUUCAGACAUGCACAUCUCAUUAUACAACACGUAAUUUGA